GACUGGCAAGAUGAGUUUCAGUGUACGGAGGCACGGCAAGUCUCCAAAUUUAAAACCCGUGCGACAGAAAUUGCAGUUCACCGCCAGUGAUAAUGAAGACGACAAUUUAGAGGAGGCGAACAACAGCACCGGCGCCGAAUCGGGCUUCACGGAGCUGGACUCUCCCGUCUCCGUGCGACGCAGCAUCGAUAAGAGACCGGAGGACCAGGGCAGCAGCCCCCUCGGCAGAACCCGAGACGACGACGAGUCCUGGGAUGAGGAGGGUUUCGGUUCACCCUCUCGCGUGAAAGCGCCUUUUUACAUGAAAAGCUCACCAUCGCCCAGGAAAAGUCCCCAGGCUUACGACAGUUCACCUGAGAGAAGUUACGUUCAUGAUGACAUGGAUGGAUCCAGCUCCCCUGUACCGGACUGUCCUGAUACACCACCCCAUAAAACCUUCAGGAAACUCCGUCUGUUUGAUACCCCCCACACACCAAAGAGUUUAUUGUCGAAGGCAAGAACGACGGUAUCGGCGAGCCGGAGAGUCGGACUGUUCAAGAAUGUGGAUUCCACGAGCAAAGCUUGUCUGGACGGACGACGAAACCAGACACCUCUAGUCAACAUCAACCCCUUCACCCCGGACUCCAUCCUGGUGCAGUCAUCAACACUACAAAGAAAUAACAGGAAACGAUCACACUGGAAUGACUCCUGUGGGGAGGACAUGGAUGCAAGUGAUGCUGAGAUGGAGGAUGAGCUGAUUCCUCCAACAAAGAGAAUCACAAUGAUGGAGAAUAACAUGAUGUCCAGAUAUGCAUCUGAAUUCCAUGAGCUGGAGAAGAUUGGCUCUGGAGAGUUCGGCUCAGUUUUCAAAUGUGUCAAGAGAUUGGAUGGCUGUAUCUACGCCAUCAAACGUUCCAAAAAGCCUUUGGCAGGAUCUGUGGAUGAGCAGAAUGCACUUCGUGAGGUCUAUGCACAUGCAGUUCUUGGACAGCACCCCCAUGUUGUGAGGUAUUAUUCGGCUUGGGCAGAAGAUGACCACAUGCUGAUCCAGAACGAGUACUGUAAUGGUGGAACCCUGUCUGAUGUCAUUGCCGAGAACAAUAGACACAUGCACUUUCUGUCAGAGAUGGAGCUGAAGGAUCUGCUGUUGCAAGUGUCUCGCGGACUCAAGUACAUUCACUCGACAGCACUUGUUCACAUGGAUAUCAAGCCAAGCAAUAUAUUCAUUUCACGCAAACCUGCUGCUAGUUUAGAGGAACUUGAAGAUGAAGACGAUGGACCCACGAGAGUGGUGUACAAAAUAGGUGAUCUAGGUCAUGUUACAAGGAUUACCAAUCCCCAAGUUGAAGAAGGUGACAGCAGAUACCUGGCAAAUGAAGUCCUUCAGGAGGACUACAGUAAUUUGAAAAAAGCAGACAUUUUUGCUCUGGCUUUGACUGUUGUCAGUGCCUCUGGAGCAGAGCCCCUCCCCACCAAUGGGGAAAAGUGGCACAAAGUCCGACGGGGCAUUCUGCCCCAUAUCCCCCAAGUGCUCUCUCAGGAAUUUUUAAGCUUGUUAAAGCUUAUGAUCCAUCCUGACCCAACACGACGCCCCUCAACCUCUGACCUUGUCAGACACCCUUUUCUGCUCACUGCUUCCAGAAUGAGUGCUGACCAGCUGCGUGUAGAGCUCAAUGCUGAAAAGUUCAAGAAUGCACUUCUGCAAAAGGAGCUCAAGAAAGCUCAGAUGGCAAAGGCCGCAGCAGAGGAGAGGGUUCUGUCUUCAGACCGAGUUCUUACACGUUCCACAGUCCAAUCCAGUUCCAGAGCAUCUCGACUCAUUGGGAAGAAAAUGAACCGCUCCGUUAGCCUCACCAUUUACUGAACUGAAGUCAAGAUAAAAGAAUGAUCAAGGCAAUUGUGAUGUCAUAAGACUGAGUAGGAACUUCAGUGGUGCUGUAUGAAAGAUUGAAGACUGCUGUAUGCAGUUUUGUCUGUAGCCGGAAGAAAGACAGAGAUGGUCCUGUAACUUAUAGUGCUUGUACUGUUUCAGAAGUACCAUGGGUUUAACUAAAGAACAAAAGUUUUUACUUAAGUUUGGCCUACUCUGCAUAAAUUGGUUUGGUAAUAGACUUGCCUUUAUGUGAAUAAUGCAGAUCUGCCUUACCAAUUAGGUUUGCCUUCUCAAAAUGUAGUCAUCUUAUGAGGCUGAAUUGUCUCAAGAUGGUCAUGUUGUUGGUAUAGUUCCAUCUCCUAAUCUUUGCUUUAAGUUCCAUAGGCAAGGGUCAACAUAGUCUGCACUUUGCUUUUUUGUACGUGCAGUGUUGCUCUUUACCAAAUGGGAGUUGUGUGCCCCCUAAGAGCCCUGAUAUGUGAAUGUACCAGAUCAAAGAUUUGUGCACCUUACUGCCUGUGGAAAAAUAAAAUGCCUGUUGGGCUAUGGAAGUUGGGGCCUGAGUUAGAUUGCCAUUUAAAUGAGCACUUUGGAGGCAAUGGCAAGCUUGCCACAGAAAGCCUGCUGCUAUUCAUGUUCGUCUGUAUCCAGUUAGGGUUGGAAGUUUUUAACAAGUACAAUAUUUUUUUUUUGUAAAUGCCCUAAAUAUUCGUUAUCCAUCCAAGCAAUAUUUCAUGUCCACUUCCAUCAUAAUUAUUAUUAUUUUUUUUCAAGAUUGCAUCCAGCCAUUACUUGCUUUAUCCAAUCCUGACAUAUCUUGCUGAACCAAUUUCACCAUGUGACCAUUGUUUAAUUAAAACCGGAAGAAAAAGAUGAUUUAAAUGUACACGUCAUACAAAUAUCCAACCCUGUUUGUAGCAUUAAAACAAUCCAUGAUCCAUUCAUCGGAUGUCCUUGGUUAAUAAUGUGUAAUUUAGACAUUUGUGUUACUUCAACUACAUUAAUAGGGUACUGUUGAGAUUCAUUGUUACUGUUGAUCCACGAAACAUUCAUUUUGUCUGUUAAUAUGUUCUUUUAAUAAAA